AAAAUUAAGCAAUACUUUGCUAUAGAAGGGAAUAAAGCCAGAUAGUCUUAAAAGCGCGUCUGAACUGGAAUCCAGGGUGUGAGCUUGUGCAAUUCCGGACUUUGUUCUUCUCUGAAAUAUUAUUUGCUGAGCAACAAAGAGCGUGCACCGAACUGAAUCUGUUCUUUAGAAGGGAUCUGGAUAAGGCACCAGCAAGAAGAAAGGAUGGCAAAGGAAACAAGUGGCUUUGUGAAAUUCGUAGAGAAUUUCUUAGAUGGUGAAAAAGAUAACAAGGAUGAGCUGCUAUUUUCUUUCAGAGGUGUACUGUAUCCUAGUCGCCUUUGUAAUGCUGAGCUUUUUGAAGCUCUUGAGACCAUGGAAACCAGAAAGGAUGAUGUCUUGAUAGCGGCUUAUCCUAAAUGUGGUACAAAUUGGUCAGUAUAUAUUCUAAACAGUAUGGUGGCUGAAAUUUACAAGGAUGUUUCACCCCCUAAUAACUUUCAACUGCUUGAGUUUGGACGUUCAGAAAAAAUUAAGGAUAUAAAUGAGUGGCCUUCUCCGCGGGUAUUUACAACACAUCUCCAUUACGAUAACAUCCCUAAAUCAUUUUUUGAGAAUAAAGUGAAGAUACUUGUGAUAUUUCGAAAUCCUAAAGACACAGCUGUCUCCUAUUAUCAUUUUCAAAACAAAAAUCCUUUGCUCCCCAGUAACAGUUCCUGGGAUGAAUUCUUUCAAAAAUUCAUGAAUGGUGAAGAGCUCAUCGGAAUGGCAGCUAACCACAGGGACCCUCAUGUGUGCAUGGCAAAGCUUCAUGAAUAUUGUCAGAGAAAUAGGUUGCAGUUGGAAUAUCUCGAACUGGAUAUCAGGGGUCCUCCUCAUGAUCGAAUUUUCACUGUAGCAGUUCAAAUAGAUAAAAUACAGUAUAGACAAUGUGAAGGAAAAACAAAGAAAGAAGCAAAAGCGCAUGCAGCAGUACUAGCUUGGGAAAGUAUAGAGACUGGAAAUGAGGCAAAUCUGGCUUCAGAAGCUCAUCAGCAGCCUCUGCAUGCUCCAUUACAAUUACCAUCACCUUUGCCUGCUGCAAACAUAACAGCAGUGUCAACUAACUAUAUUUCUUUGCUGAACGAAUAUGCACUAAAGAACAAAAAAAUUGUUGAAUUUGGUUUGGAAUCUAAAGAUGGACCAGAUCAUAAGCCAGUCUUUUCGCAAUCCUGUAAAAUUGAUGGUGAAAUUUUGGGAGUGGGUACAGGAAACAAUAAAAACAUUGCAAAAUUUAAUGCAGCAAAAAUGGCAUAUGAAAAGUUGACUGGCCAAGCAACUGCCAGGGCUGAAAAUGAUGAUGCCCCUUCAGAUAGUAUUGCAAAUGGAUCAAUGUCUGAUUCUUUGGGAGCAUCAAAGAUGGUAACUAGAAAAUCUCUUUCAGAAGCCGUGCAUGUUGCCUCAGAUUCAUCAGAAUAUGUAAUUUUUCAAAACACCAAUGGUGAUGUUUUGAGUUCAGAAUCCAAUAGUAUUUCUGACAAACUGGCUAGUAAACCUGGUGACAUUCAUCUGGAUGAGUCUUCUCCAUCCUUUCUGGCAAGUCCUAAAGGAUCUGCUACGAAGCUUAAGAGAUUGGCACCUAAUUUCUCCAUGCUGCCUCAAAGAGAAAGUAGAUACACUGUUAACGAAAGAUUUCUGUCGGAGUUUACAGACAUAGAGAAACUUGAUUCUGGUGGAUAUGGGAAUGUUUUCAAGGCAAAACAUAAAAUUGAUAAUAAAACAUAUGCUGUCAAAAGAGUCAAGCUUAUGAAAGGUAAAGAAGAGAAAACAUAUAAAGAAGUAAAAGUUUUAGCAGAGCUUGCUCAUGAAAACAUCGUUCGGUAUUUUGGAUGUUGGAUUGGGGAAGAUACUUUUGCAUCUGAAGAGAGCAUUGUUGAUAUCAGUUCAGUGCGCGUUCGUCUACAUAAUUGCCUAUUCAUACAAAUGGAUUACUGUGAGAAAGGAACACUGAAGAAAUGGAUGGAAGAAGAUGGAGGGAAAGAAGGCUACUAUGAAGAUGUUCUGUUGAAAUUUCAGCAAAUAAUGAAUGGAGUGGAGUUUAUUCAUAAACAGGACUACAUUCACAGAGACCUCAAGCCUUUAAAUAUAUUCAUAUCAGGAGACAACAACAUAAAAAUUGGUGAUCUUGGACUGGCAACAUCAGGAAUAGAUGAACAGCAUACAGAAUGCAAGGGAACAAAACUGUAUAUGGCUCCUGAACAGGCAUGGAGCAUUUAUGGAAAAGAAGUGGAUAUCUUUUCACUUGGUUUAAUAUUAUUUGAAAUGCUGUCCACAUUUCAAACAUAUCAUGAGAAGGAAACGGAGAUCUUGAAAGCUAAAAAAGGCAACCUUCCGAAAACAUUCAAGACGAAGUUUCCAAGAGAGGCAUGUCUCAUUAUGGCACUGCUUUCAAAAGAGCCAUCGGAUAGACCAACAGCAAAUGAUAUUUUGAAAAUUCUAAAGAAAGACGGCCCACAUACAUGUUAGCAAACAUUUGCCAAGACACAAUAAUAGAAUCAUAAGGUUGGAAGAGACCUCGUGGGCCACCCAGACCAACCCCCUGCCAAGAAGCAAGAAAUCGCAUUCAAAGUACCACUGACAAUGAUCGUAUCUUCAUCAAAAGCUGUGUGUUGCUCUUAGUAAUUUUUGAAAUCUUCUAUGAGUUACAGCUUGACCUGUUUGUGCACAAUUAUGUGGGCUAUUUAACUCUUGAUUGCCUCUUUCAUAUCCUUAGCAGUGACCUUUGGAUAAUUUCGAGAUUUUCCCAUUAAAGAUAGAUGUUUUCCAGAAGCUUUGGUUCAGGGUACAAUGAAGUCUUUUAGAAAAUGAUCCAUUUCAGUUUGGAUAGAUUUGGAAGAAGUUUGCUUUGAUGUGGCCCUGAAUAAGUUGAGUAACCAAAGCUGAAUGAGAGUUUUGCAUUGAAAGUAGUUCAAAACCUUUUUUCUACCUGACAGAUUGUAAUUAGAAAGAGUAAUAGUAGGGCUGCUGUGAGUUUUCCAGGCUAUAUGGCCAUGUUCCAGAAGCAUUCUCUCGACGUUUCACUCACAUCUAUGGCAGGCAUCCUCAGAGGUUGUGAGGUCUGUUGGAAACUAGGCAAGUGGGAUUUAUAUACCUGUGGGGUGUCCAGGGUGGGAGAAAGAACUUUUAUCUGCUUGAGGCAAGUGUGAAUGUGGCAGUUUGCCCCCUUGAUUAGCAUUGAAUCCCAACAAAUUAUUCCCCCAGGCAGGAAGCAGCCAGGCCUUGAAGCUGCAAGGCCAUUCAAUGCUAAUCAAGGUGGCCAAUUGCAACAUUUACACUUGUCUCAAGCAGACAAGAGUUCUUUCUUCCACCCUGGACAUCCCACAGAUUUAUAAACACUUGCCUAGUUUCCAAUAGACCUCGAACCCUCUGAGGAUGCCUGCCAUAGAUGUGGGUGAAAGGUCAGGAGAGAAUGCUUCUGGAACAUGGCCAGACAGCCUGGAAAACUCACAGCAAUCCCGUGAAGUCUUGGCUAUGCUUUUCCUCUCCUUUGCUUCAGUCCCCUCUGUUUAGGUUCCACAAUAGUGUAAAUGCCUCCAUUUGUAUUAGUUUUUGGGUGGAGCUUUAAAAAACCCCUAGAGGUCAGUAUUAGUUGGUUCAGUCCAUUUGCCUGCACAGAGCCCUCCCUUCUUUCUGCAUUAAAGCUACGGAGUUUAGAGGCCUGGAUAUUGUCUGGAAAUCUUAGGCACUAGCAAUUCAAACAGGCAUCCUUAGCAUGUACAACUCUUCAUAUACCAUCAGACCCACUGACACCAGAAGCUUGUGGUCAGCCCCAGUUUUGCAAAGUAGAAGACCAAGUCCAUCACUUUGCAUCAGAGACAAAAGACUUUCCAGAAUCCCAGAAAGAUGAUUGCAUUCAGCAAAUUCUCCUUUUGUAAUAUGUUGUUUUAAGCUAUUUUACAAUAGUCCUGGGUGGAGUUAGCCCUUUGUUCUUCCUGUUUCCAGUAAACUUGUUUGGGUUAACUUUCA